CGAAGAGUGGCCCGCCACUUUGGUCGAACCUUGGCUUGAUCGAGUCGGUAUUCAGAAAAGGCCCAGUCGGUCUGAAGUCGGCAUCCAAUUAUCAUAUUCUCACCGUCUUCGUGAAAAGCAUCUGAUCGAGUUUCUUCUUUCCAAUACCCUGCUUCCAUCUCAAACGACCCUGAUUUCGCUUGCGCAGCUGCGAAAAUAUUCGAGCGGGCAAGAAGUUGCAUUCCCAGUGCACCAGCAUUAGGAGCUGCACUGCGUCACACAAACACGCCUGUCUCAAACAUAGCUGUCCCUUGGGUUACCUGGGAUGGCCCCGAAACCGACUGCGGCGGAGGCGCCAGAGGAGCCCCAGAGCGAUGGCUCUAAGCUCAAGACGUUUGUCGGCAUCCUUAGAAAGUUCAUCGGCGUUCCUGACCUCGCAGCUGUUCGCUUCUCCCUUCCAUCACAGCUCCUCGAGCCCACACCUAAUCUCGAGUACUGGAACUAUCUCGAUGCACCGAAUACAUUCAUCGCCAUCGGUACAUCGGAUGACCCCGUUGAUCGUAUGCUGGAGGUUCUGCGUUUCUGGUUUACAAAGGACUUGAAGUACGCCAAGGGCCGCCCUUGCAAGCCAUACAACUCGUGCCUGGGCGAGUUCUUCCGCUGCAACUGGGAGGCAGAGGACAAUGCGCCCAGAGUCAACACAAAGGCCAUAUUAGAUGGAACCCCGGAUGGCAGCAGGCCUGGCAGUGGUGCCUCAAGCUUGAAGUCGAAGAAGAAUGUUCCGGCAGCUCUCGGGGUUGCUGCUGGCGACUCCCGCGCGGCUUCGAACCUAUCAGUUGCGCAGACCGGCACGAACCCUCAGAAUCCCGUCGUGAGAGUUUCAUACCUCACCGAGCAGACUUCUCACCAUCCACCCGUGAGCGCCUUUUACAUCAGCUGCCCGGAGAAGGGACUUCACGCGCGCGGUUUUGACCAGAUCACAGCCAAGUUUACUGGCACGAGCAUCAAGGUAAUGCCCGGCGAGCACAAUCUUGGUAUCUUUGUCACGCUCGAGCGCCACGACAACGAGACGUACCAGCUCACACACCCGGCCGCCCAUCUCGGUGGCUUUUUGCGCGGCGGUCUUAACGUUACUGUGGGUGACAUGUGCUUCAUCACAUGCCCCAAGACCAAGCUCAAGGCCAUUCUCCGCUACUAUGAUGAGGGCUGGACUCGGUCAACCAACCAGGUUGAGGGCAUCAUUUUUAAAUAUGACCCAGAAAACGACACCAAGGUUAACAUCAAGGAUGUUGCGGAUGAGGACAUACUGGUGAGGUUAAAGGGCCCGUGGAAGGAGAAGGUCGUCUUUACAAUGGGCCCGAAGCCAGUUGCCUCGCACCCGCCUGAGAAGCAAACUACUAUUAUUGAUAUUGGGCCGCUCAGCGUGGCACCCAAGUCAUUGCCACCCCAAGAGAUGCAGCUCGAGAACGAGUCUCUGGAAAUGUGGCGCGGAGUGACAGAGGCCAUUAAUGCCAAGCAAUACUCCAAGGCUACAAACGUCAAGAUUGAACUCGAGGAGAAGCAACGUGAGAAGGCACGCGAGCGGGAGCGAACAGGUGAAGCUUUCAAGCCCGUUUUCUUCGAGCAGGUCACGGACAAGGGCGGCAAGCCGCAACUUACCGAGAAGGGCCGUGCCGUGCUGGAGAGGGCACAGAAGGGCGACUGGAGCGUCGAGGGUAUACUGGAUGUGCCCAAGCCCGCAUCGAGCUAAUUGAUGUCGGAAGGUAUUUCCUGGGUUUCAUUCGGGACGUGUUUUUUUGUUGGGCAUAGAUAUCUCGUUGGUGGUGCCGGCUGGCUGGCAUAUAGAGCACACACCACAUAAGCGUCAUGAUUUUUUGCUGCUUUUAUAUUGUUUCAUUUGCUUUCGUUGCCUCUCUCACCGCGAGAUGUGGAAGAUGGAUCAAUCCCUUCCCCGUUUUUACUAAUUGUGUUUGUUCUAUUUGCUUGCUUUUUAAAGGCGUUCAGAUAAAUCCACAAAUUUCUUACAAUAACCCAAUUUGAAAGCCUCUCGAAUGGCAUCCUCUUUGGAGGUUAUAUACCGA